AUGUCAAAACGUACAAUAGAAGAUACGUCAGUGCAAGUGGCUUCGAAGGCUCCUUUUGGUAAACUCGGAGAAAAUAAAUUUGGUUCAGUUAAUGAAACAGCGGAGGGUAUGGGAGAAUUUGAAGACCCCUGGGAAGACGAAUAUGAAACAGAGUCCGAGGAAGAACUAUAA